AUGGAGCCGGCCGCCAACGGCGACAAGCCCUCCGACGAGCAGCAGCAGUUCGAUCCCAGCCGGAUGAUUGGCGUCAUCAAAAGGAAGGCCUUGAUUAAAGACCUAGCCGCUGCUUACCACGCUGAGUGUGUAGCAUGUUGUAAAGAGCUUCUGGAACUCCAGAGGAAGUGGGAGGAGGAGCAAUGUGUCGAAGCUAAGAUGCCCGAAGUGCCAAAACCAUCUUCGACGAAGCCUUCUAAGCGCAGGAAGAGCAUUAGGUCGUCUUUGUUUUUUACAAUCGAGGGGCAUACCGCAAGUGAUUACAGCCUUGUCGAGUAUGGGAUUGAGCGAACGAUUCCACAGGGGGUUGAGGCGCUUCAGGCCUUGCAAUGCAAGGGUGCAAGUGGCGUCAGGAAGCAGGAGAGCAAGGUGGCGGCUCAGCGACAUCCUGAUGUAUGUAACGUGGAAUAUCGAAGAAGCUGA